ACAAUUUUUUUUUUAAAAUAAUAUUUUCAAUCAAAUUCUAAUUCUCUUUGAAGAAGGGAAAAUCUCGAAACCCUCGACAUGGCGAAACCCUCCCGAGCAAGGGAAUAUUCCGACGAUUCCGGGUCGAGCUCCUCGGCGGAGGAAGAGCCGGUCAAGGAUCAGGUCGUCGAUGAGGAGGAUGAGGAGGAGCUGGAGGCUGUAGCUCGGACCGCCGACGAAAUUUCCGACGACGAAGAGGAGACAUCUAAUGCUGCCGCUCAGGAAAAUGAUGAAAAUGAGGAAAAUGAUGUCGUUUCAAAUGAAGUGUCAAAGCGCGAAAAGGCCAGGCUUAAAGAAAUGGAGAAGAUAAAGAAGCAGAAAAUACAAGAUAUACUAGAUGCUCAGAAUGCUGCUAUUGAAGCGGACAUGAACAACAGAGGAAAGGGCCGUUUGAACUAUCUAUUGCAGCAAACAGAGUUGUUUGCUCAUUUUGCCAAGGGUGAUCAGUCUGCCCCUCAGAAAAAGGGAAAGGGAAGGGGUCGUCAUGCAUCUAAGAUAACUGAAGAGGAAGAAGAUGAAGAGUGUCUCAAAGAGGAAGAAGAUGCCCUUAUUGGCACCGGAAAUACAAGACUAGUGGCCCAGCCAUCUUGUAUUAAUGGAAAGAUGAGGGAUUACCAACUUGCUGGUUUAAAUUGGCUAAUACGGUUGUAUGAAAAUGGCAUCAAUGGAAUUCUUGCUGAUGAAAUGGGUCUUGGUAAAACAUUGCAAACCAUCUCUUUGAUGGGCUAUUUGCACGAGUGCAGAGGGAUUACAGGUCCUCACAUGGUUGUCGCACCAAAAUCAACACUUGGAAAUUGGAUGAACGAAAUCAAAAGAUUUUGUCCAGUACUGCGUGCUGUAAAGUUUCUUGGCAAUCCAGAAGAAAGAAGAUACGUACGUGAGGAAUUACUUGCUGCUGGCAAGUUUGAUGUUUGUGUAACAAGUUUUGAAAUGGCCAUCAAAGAGAAGACUGCCUUGCGCCGAUUUAACUGGCGAUAUAUUAUCAUUGAUGAAGCUCAUCGCAUAAAGAAUGAGAAUUCUCUUCUCUCAAAAACGAUGAGGCUUUAUAAUACUAAUUAUCGGCUUCUAAUUACUGGAACACCACUUCAGAAUAAUCUUCAUGAGCUCUGGGCUCUCCUCAACUUUUUGCUUCCAGAGAUAUUUAGCUCUGCUGAAACUUUUGAUGAAUGGUUCCAAAUAUCCGGUGAAAAUGACCAGCAGGAAGUUGUCCAGCAACUUCACAAGGUUCUUCGGCCCUUUCUCCUCCGAAGGUUGAAGUCUGAUGUUGAGAAAGGUUUGCCUCCCAAGAAGGAGACUAUACUUAAGGUUGGAAUGUCUCAGAUGCAAAAGAAUUACUACAAGGCAUUGUUGCAGAAAGAUCUUGAGGUUGUAAAUGCCGGUGGAGAACGCAAACGCCUUCUUAAUAUAGCCAUGCAGCUGCGCAAAUGUUGUAAUCAUCCAUAUUUGUUUCAAGGUGCUGAGCCUGGUCCACCUUAUACCACUGGAACACAUCUCGUAGAAAAUGCUGGCAAGAUGGUUCUUCUUGAUAAGUUGCUUCCAAAGUUAAAGCAGCGUGAUUCCAGGGUUCUGAUAUUUUCGCAGAUGACAAGGCUGCUGGACAUUCUUGAAGACUAUUUGAUGUAUCGUGGAUAUUAUUAUUGUCGAAUUGAUGGAAAUACUGGUGGGGAAGAUCGAGAUGCUUCCAUUGAGGCCUUCAACAAGCCAGGAAGUGAGAAAUUUGUCUUUCUACUGUCAACCAGAGCUGGAGGUCUUGGUAUCAACCUUGCCACUGCCGAUGUUGUCAUUCUUUAUGACAGUGACUGGAAUCCACAGGUUGAUUUGCAAGCUCAGGACCGUGCCCAUAGGAUUGGACAGAAGAAGGAAGUCCAAGUCUUCCGGUUUUGCACUGAGUACACCAUUGAGGAAAAAGUGAUUGAAAGAGCCUAUAAGAAACUUGCUCUUGAUGCCUUGGUUAUCCAACAAGGGCGACUAGCAGAGGCAAAAACUGUAAAUAAGGAUGAGCUGCUGCAAAUGGUUAGGUUUGGUGCUGAAAUGGUUUUCAGUUCGAAAGAUAGCACAAUCACAGAUGAAGAUAUAGACAGAAUUAUUGCCAAGGGAGAAGAGGCAACAGCCGAGCUUUCUGCCAAAAUGAAAAGAUUUACUGAAGACGCCAUCAAAUUUAAAAUGGAUGAAACUGCGGACCUGUAUGAUUUUGAUGAUGAAAAGGAUGAAGAUAAGUUUGAUUUCAAGAAAAUUGUCAGUGACAAUUGGGUUGAACCGCCAAAAAGAGAAAGGAAGCGCAAUUACUCUGAGUCCGAGUAUUUCAAGCAAACAAUGCGCCAAGCCGGUCCAUCAAAACCCAAAGAGCCUCGAAUUCCUCGCAUGCCACAGUUGCACGAUUUUCAGUUCUUCAACACACAACGUCUUAGUGAGCUGUAUGAAAAAGAAGUGCGAUAUCUCAUGCAAGUGCAGCAAAGAAAUCAAGUCAAAGAUACAAUAGAGGUGGAUGAAGCAGAAGAUGUAGGAGAUCCAUUGACUGCCGAAGAGCAGGAAGAGAAAGAUGGACUUCUGGAACAAGGAUUUUCAACCUGGAGCAGAAAAGACUUCAAUGCUUUCAUCAGGGCCUGUGAGAAGUAUGGUCGAAAUGAUAUUACGAGUAUUGCUACUGAAAUGGAAGGGAAAACAGAGGAAGAGGUCGGAAGAUAUGCAAAUAUUUUCAAGGAUAGAUAUAAAGAAUUGAACGAUUAUGAUAGGAUCAUUAAAAACAUUGAAAGAGGAGAGGCUAGGAUCUCACGGAAAGAUGAAAUCAUGAAAGCAAUAGGGAAGAAAUUGGACCGCUACAAGAACCCUUGGCUGGAAUUGAAGAUCCAGUAUGGCCAGAACAAAGGGAAGCUGUACAAUGAAGAAUGCGAUCGAUUUAUGAUGUGCAUGAUUCACAAGCUUGGGUACGGUAACUGGGACGAGCUGAAGGCUGCCUUUCGUACUUCACCAUUGUUUCGGUUCGAUUGGUUUGUAAAGUCUCGUACGACUCAAGAACUUGCAAGGAGAUGUGAUACACUUAUCCGAUUGGUCGAGAGGGAAAACCAGGAGUACGAUGAGAGGGAGAGACAGGCUCGUAAAGAGAAAAAAUUAGCAGCUAAGCAAAAUACGACGCCAUCUAAGCGAGCUGGUUCUAGACAGUCUGUAGAUAGCCCUCCCCCUACUUUGAAAAAACGGAAGCAAUCGUUGAUGGACGACUAUGUUAGUUCGGGAAAGAAGAGGAAAUGAUGAGAAAUCGUUGGUCUAUUUUGCCCCCCAUCAAAACAGAACCGCAAAUCGAUCCGGUUUUUUGUCACUUUUGGUGUAUUAUUUAGCCUUGGGGUUAAUAGUAUAUCAAUAUAGUACCAGUUGUACAAAUUUAUAAUAUUUUUAUAUCCCAAAGCUGUUAUGCUAACUAAUCAAAUUCUAAGAUGAUUAAUAUGACUGAUUAGCUAAUGCUAUAUGC